AUGGGAAAGGGCCAUAUGGAGGAUAAUAAUACAAAAGAAAAGAAUACUGAGUUUAACUUAGUGCAGGUCAAAGGUACCUGGAAGUGCAAACUGGGAGUGAAAGUCAGCAAGGACACAUCAGACUGUGUCUCUGCUGCAAAAAUCUAUAAGAGCAUCACCGAAAAUGGCGACAGUUGGACAGUGGUCAGCCCCAUCGUUUUUACUUACAAGGUAACGGAAACCCGAGGCUUGCUGGACCCAGGCAAUAACACGCUCCUGAUGGGCCACAUCACUGACCAGCAGCAGCUGGAGGACAUUAAAAAAUCCAACAAGCUAAUCAAACGCUUUGUAGUCAUUGACCAAGAGGUCUACAAAAUUUACGGCCCCAAGCUAACCGAAUAUUUACAGGCUAACAAAGUCCUGUACAAGAUCUUGGCUCUUCCCACCACUGAAGAGAACAAAUCCAUGACAAUGGUCUUGAAAAUCCUUGAGGAGGUCAACAGCUUCUCCCUUGACCGCCGCACAGAACCAAUCAUUGCCAUUGGUGGAGGGGUGUGUCUGGACAUUGUGGGCCUGGCUGCUUCACUCUACAGAAGACGCACCCCUUACAUCAGGGUCCCAACCACACUGCUCUCCUACAUUGACGCCAGCGUGGGAGCAAAGACUGGAGUUAACUUUGCAAACUGCAAGAACAAGUUGGGUGCCUACAUUCCACCUGCUGCCACCUUCCUUGACCUGUCCUUCAUACAAACUGUUCCACGACGACACAUUUCCAACGGGCUAGCUGAGAUGUUAAAGAUGGCCUUGAUGAAACACAGAGGCCUCUUUGAGCUUCUUGAGGCACACGGCCGUAUGCUGUUGGACACUAAAUUCCAGGCUGACAACAGUGUAUACGAAUGCAGCUGCUUACAGACUGCAUCGCAAGUGACUCGAAUAGCCAUCGUAACCAUGCUGGAGGAACUUGCCCCAAACCUUUGGGAGGAUGACCUAAACAGACUUGUGGACUUUGGCCAUCUGAUCAGCCCAGCAUUAGAGAUGAAAGUUCUCCCAUCUCUGCUUCAUGGUGAGGCAGUGAACAUUGAUAUGUCGUUCAUGGUUUACGUGUCCAAAGAGAGCGGUCUGUUGACAGAUGAUGAAAAGCAAAGGAUCAUCAGCUGCAUGGUGGGCUUGGAGCUGCCUGUCUGGCAUGAGGUGUGUACCAUGGAGCUCAUACAGAAGUCUCUGCAGGACAGGCUGAAGCAUUCAGGAGGCUUGGUCAGAAUGCCUCUGCCUGUUGGGCUUGGAGAAGCAGAAAUCUUUAACAGCACAUCAUGUGAGAUCCUGCACAGGGCUUACGCAAAUUGGUGUGAUGAGCUGGGUGCCACCUCUGACAGCAACAGUGAUUCUUAACCUGCCCGUAUCACAACUGCAUCCAUUUGGUCUGGUUCGAAAAAAAAAAGUUUUGUGUCGGAGUGCCUGGUGGCUCAGUGGAGAGAGCUGCGCCCCAUAUAUGAAGGUUGUAUCCUUGCCGCAGCGGCUACGAGUUUGAUUCCGGCCUCAGCCUCUUUGUUGCAUGUCGCCCCCUCUCUCUCUUCCCCUUUAAUGCUUAAACUGUCAUGUUGAUUAAAGGCAAUAAA